CCUGCCCCAGGCCGCCCCCACAGCCCGGAGCCGGAGCCGGAGCCGGGAGGAGGAGGAGCGACCUUCCCGCCUGGCCCGGCCUUAACCCGCGCCGCGCUGCAGUCGGACACGGCGCGGGGCACUGCGGAGGAGGAGCCAGGACACUGCUGAAAGACCCUGUGUGGGAGGAGUGGAAGAGCAAGAUCGCAGGUCCAAGUUGGGGUGAGGCAGAGAAGAUGGCUGCUGAGCUGGCGCCAGCCAUGGGCUUCCCCUUCCCAGCGCUGCCCCAGGUUCUGGUCAAGGAGGAGGAGCAGGACCCAGCUGGCCCUGAGCCAGAGGUGGAAACUGAGAGUGAAGGGAAAGCCUCUUGUGCUGUUCAGGCUGGGACAGGCAGAGCAUCCCUGAGAUGUGUGACACCACAACAGGUCAAGGAGGAGCCACUGGAGGAGCCCAUCCAGCGCUGGCAGGUCACGGUGCACAGGCAGGUCGAGUACAUGGCUGUGGACAUGGAGGGACCUGGGACCUUGAGGGAACCUCUCUGCUCUCGGCUGGGGCAGUCACAACCUCAUCAUGGGCAUAUGCCACUGGAGGAGGCAGGAUGGGGACCCCAGGAGGAACUGCCUUGUGUCCCCAAAGAGGAGCCCCCACCCUAUGAGGAGCCAGAUUACCCUGACACAGAGGAGACUUGGGACUCAUCAGCAGAUGAAAGUUCCUUGGGCUGCUUCCCCAGACGAGGCCCUUUGCUCGGGGCAGGAGGUCCCACACCAGACCUAAUCUGCCACAUCCAGCGAGGGGAGAUGAAGCGCUGGGUCCGUGAUGAUGAGGAGGCUGAAGAAAGCUUGUUGUCUGAGGACUUGUCGCAAGCAGAUGCUGAGACACUGGGCAGAGCUGAGCAGCAGCAGCCUCGUGAGGAAGGGCCUGCCAACCUGAAGCUGUUUCAGUCCAGAAACCAGCUCCUCACCCGACAGGGACAGAGAACAGCAGAGACUGAAAGGAACUUGGAAGGAUUUGAAGGGCAGAGAGACCUGAAGACCCCCAAUGGCAUGGUUCCCUGCAGGCAGGGGCUGCAUAUAUGUGGAGAACCCGGCAGGUCCCCCGCUCCCAUGGGAGAACCAGUUUAGAUGAGAUACUUAAUAAAAGGAAUAUCUGUUAAUCAGUUCUCAAUCGAUUUGUCUUAGGGAACUCCCAGGCUGCCUCUGUGGUUCAUUACUUUGCUUGUUACAUGCCAGGACAGGCCUGACUAUCGAGAAAGUCUUGGGAGGAGGGGGGAAGGGGAAGCAGGACAUUCAGCAAUUAACUUUUUAAGCAUCCAAAGGAGACCCAGCCUCUGGCUUCAAUGAUGGGAACACCUGCACAGUGACCCCCCCACCUUCAUAGUCCCAAUCCAACCUGGAUGUGACUGCAGAGGGGCUCUUGUUCUAUGCACCCAGGCUUUCUCCUGUCUCCUCAAUGCCUCUGCAACCCAGCCCCAGCUGUAUGUGCUAGCCAGGAUGAACCCCAUGACUCCUGGGGCUGUGAGGUCAUGUCCUGGGUAACAGCAUCACUUGCUGUUUCCAUGGCCCCACCAGUGUUGUCAGUUAGUGCGAACGAGCCCUGGAUCUUGGUGAUUCCAGUGGAAGAGGAAGGAGCUGGGAAAUCAGUGUCCUUGGACCUUAAAAGGGGCUCUGGUCCCCAGUCCAUUCCCACAUCACAAAGAAAGAGAACCACCAUAGGGAUGCCAUGUUCAUUUUGAGGCAUGAUGAGCAGAAGCAUUAUAAACAGUAGGGCAGGAGAAAGCAGGGUGAGGAAAGCAGCAAGCACCUCAUGGUGAAGCUUUGUGGAAAGAGAUUGAAGAGCAAAACCUGCAUUAUUGGGCAUGGGGAGGUGACAACGUGGGCAUAAGCACGUCCGGGAAAGAGGCUGUAUGGGGAUGAGGAGAGGUGAGAAUCAGAACAGAGAGCAGCGAAUGCUUCCCCAGCUGUAAAUAUCCUUAAUUCUGCAAUCCAGAGUCUCACAUACUGGGAACAUGGGACCCUUGUGAGGUGUUUUGUAAGUUCCCUUUCCUCUACAAAACACCUUUCGUAGAUGAGCCUACGAACUUCACUUCAUAUGUCUACUGGGUACAGCAAAUCAUGGACUCA